CGCUAGCGCGCACAGGAAACGGUGGUACAACCAUAUGAACAGACGGUGUAUUUGCCCUUCUCUGUAAGGAAAAUAAACAGGGAUUUGUCUGUAUCGUAAAAUAAAUAUGUCGACAACGACGGGUGGCGGAGAGUUUGGGAACCCCCUGCGGAAAUUCAAGCUCGUGUUCUUAGGCGAGCAAAGCGUGGGGAAGACCUCACUCAUCACAAGGUUCAUGUAUGACAGCUUUGACAAUACUUAUCAGGCAACAAUCGGAAUUGACUUUCUAUCAAAAACAAUGUACCUGGAAGAUCGCACGGUUCGGCUCCAGCUGUGGGACACUGCAGGGCAGGAGCGCUUCCGCAGCCUCAUCCCCAGCUACAUACGCGACUCCACCAUUGCAGUGGUGGUCUAUGACAUCACCAAUUUAAAUUCAUUCCAGCAGACCUCAAAGUGGAUUGAUGAUGUCAGAACAGAGAGGGGGAGUGAUGUCAUCAUCAUGUUAGUUGGCAACAAAACAGACUUGGCUGAUAAAAGACAGAUCACCACGGAGGAGGGCGAGCAGAGAGCUAAGGAACUGAAUGUCAUGUUCAUUGAGACCAGCGCAAAGACUGGCUACAAUGUCAAACAGCUGUUCCGUCGUGUUGCUGCAGCCUUGCCUGGGAUGGACAGUACACCAGAAAAGAGCAAAGAGGACAUGAUCGACAUCAAACUGGAGAAGCCCCCAGAGCUGCCAGUGACCGAGAGCAGCUGCUCCUGCUAGUGCCCAGCUCACAGCCCCACCAGUCCUGCCUCCUCCCCACCAACAGCUUGUCUCUCAGUGGCCACUCGCUCCACUCGUGGCUCUGCGCCAUUAGCUGGAGAAACCUUUUUUUUUCCCCUCCCACUCCCUUGACUCAGUGAUUUUUCGGAGUAUCCGUGUGGAUGUGCUAUUACUCUGUAUUUAAAGAAAAAAAAGAAAAGGGUUAUCAUAAGAAAAUAUUAGUAAUUGAUUUUAAAAAAAGAGAAAAAAAAAAUUAACACAGCGUAGGUGAAAUGCUAAAGUUUUCCGAUUUUUCAUCUAUUCCAACUGCAUGGCGUUAUAUAGGAUUGCAGACUGACGUUGCUCACUGCUCUUAAGUUCUUGCACUUUUUUUUGGAGCAUUGGUGGUGUCACACUCGUUGUUGUUCAGUCAUUUUCUUUUCCAGUUAUUUCAGUGACUUGAGGGGUAGGGGAAGGUUCCGUGUUGAUGCCUUGCUUUUAAUUUCAGUGGAUUGUUACCGUAAGGGAGAGCAAGAAAAGGCUAGUCGAUGCUGAGAGAUUGCAGACAACUGUUACUGAUCCCCAUAUUUGUUGGCCAGUUGCUCAUGCGAAAAUAAGAACAGUGCAAUGGACAAGGUUUUUUUUUUUUUUUUUUCCAGAGAUCUCUUUAUCAGUAACUUAUAAGUGCGGUCAUCAACACACCCUGCAGUUCAGUUCAGAUAUGGUUUAAGGGACCAGAGAUUAGUCAAGACUUGAAAUCCAGGACCGUCAUGAAUAGCCAAAGAACAUAAUACAUAUGGUCAAACCUCAGCAAGAAAGCCAGUCCCAUUUAUCAAUGAUGUGUUGAGGAUUGAGCUAGGUAGAAUGUACAACAUGGUUUGAUGAAAGAAAGCAUUCAUCGGCAUUUUAUCAGAAAAGGGACAGGUACUCAGAAUACAAUUCUGUAUCUCUAGCUUAGAACUAUCCUCCUCGCUUUUCUGUCUCUUAUUAACCACAUGGUCUGAAAACAAAAUGGUGGACUCUACAGAGGAUGUCCACUACCCCCCCCCCCCCAAAAAAUAAAAUAAAAAAACAAAUGUAACUGUGAAGCUCCCAUUUCACCAGUGGGUCCUUGAAGCAAGUUGUAACUAAUCAGGUCUGUCUAAAUGUCAUACGGACAGACAGAUGGCAGCAUUGUAGUGGGCCUUUCAGGUGUCAGUGUUUUCGGCACCCACUGACUGCCAGUUAUUAGUGUUUCAUUUGUACUAUUUGUUUUUUGUACACUGUUGUAGGAACAGCAUGCAAGAUCUGGAGGUGGAUGACGGUAUAAAUGCCUUGCUACUUUUUUUUUUUUUAACAAUAAUUGUUACACUAAAUCAAGUCAUGGUGAUGAAUUGGUGUUUUAAGGGCCUGUUGACUUGCUUGGAUUUGAGGGUGUUGUUUUUGCUAAGCAGAUAUUCAGAGUUCUUUAUAUGCAGCAGAUGCUUCAGUGUAAAAAGAAAAAAACAAGCAAAAAAGCACAGAGUAGUUUGACAUUUGUUGCUUUUGCUUGUAUAAGACUGUUUGGUUUUAAAUGUCUUAAUUUAUUUAUUUUUAUUUCACUAGCAACAGAUAAUACAUUGUACGCUUGACCAAAAUGACAGUUUGGUGGCACGUUGGAAAAGAACAGUUUAUUUAUUCUUUGCAUAUCUGCUUGGAUACUGUAUCUGGAGGGAAAGGCUCUGAUUAUAUUGUCAUUUACUUGUCACUAUGGUCACACAGAUUAGGGAAGUGUCUCUAAAGUUAUGGUAGCCACUGUCACAUUUACGAACAUUAAUCUGAAUUCAAAGCAUCACCUAAAACCCUACUGCACCACAACACACUUUCACACACAAAAUUGCACACACCUCUGAUUAUAACCACUGCUGUCAUGUACAUCUGAGCAACCUGAAUACUCAUUGUUAUCCUCUAUAGCUGGUUUGAAAAUGUUAACAUUUGAUGACUUAAAUGUAAAAUAUUCAAUUACAUCGAACAAGUCUCUCAAUACUUGUCACUGACUGAUGACUCAGCUGUGUGCUAAUCUGAACUGUGUAUUUGAAAUAUGCUGUCUACUAGUGUUUAGCAAAGUUUGUGUGAAUAAUGUACUAUUAUUCUCUGCUGUAAAAAAGUAAAGUUAAAGAAACACCGAAGUGUAUCACACGAAAUAAAGAUAUUUCACCAAAAGUUAA